AUGUCGUGGCGGCAUCAUAUUGAUCUCUUGCUCUACCCAGACCCUAUUGCCAGCCGAUUGAUUCACUCUUAUCUCUCUUUCCCCACCUCUUUUCUCUCCACCUCUCUCUCUCUCUCUCUAUCUUCUCUCCACCUCUCUCUCUCUAUCUUCUCUCCACCUCUCUCUCUCUCUCUCUAUCUUCUCUCCACCUCUCUCUCUAUCUUCUCUCCACCUCUCUCUAUCUUCUCUCCACCUCUCUCUCUAUCUUCUCUCCUCUCUCUCUAUCUUCUCUCCACCUCUCUCUCUCUCUUCUCUCCACCUCUCUCUCUCUCUUCUCUCCACCUCUCUCUCUCUUCUCUCCACCCUCUCUCUCUCUUCUCUCUCCUCCUCUCUCUCUCUCUCUCCUCUCCACCUCUCUCUCUCUCCUCUCCACCUCUCUCUCUCCUCUCCACCUCUCUCUCUCUAUCUUCUCUCCACCUCUCUCUCUCUCUUUUUCUCUCCAACUCUCUCUAUCUUCUCUCUAUCUUCUCUCUCUCUCUAUCUUCUCUCCACCUCUCUCUAUCUUCUCUCCACCUCUCUCUAUCUUCUCUCCACCUCUCUCUUUCUUUCCUUUCCACAAUUUCUCUUUUCUCUCUCUCUCUCUCUCUCUCUAUAUAUAUAUAUUCUCUAACUCCCUCUAUUGUCUCUCAUUUCUCUCCAUCCUCUCUCCUUUCUCUCUACUAUUCUCUCCUCUCAUCUCUCUCUCUUUUCUUUCCUCUUUUUCACCCCCAUUUAUUCCCAUUCAUUCCUUCUUUUUUCUCCUUCUUCAGAUUAUUUUCUCUUUUCAUAUCGAUUUCAAUAACUCUCCAUUUAUUUGCCUCAUUCUAUUUCUCCAUACAGUGA